UAACUAGGGCGACAGAAGCACAAGCGCACUCGUAAUUUAAGUGUUAAAAGACAAAAUAAAUAAAGACAUUUUAAAGAGAUGCAGAUCUAGAUCUACUAAUAAAACAGUUAAAGAAUAUUUGCUCAACUUGAGACAAGAUGGCUUUAACAAACAAGAUAAGGCUACAUACAGACAGAAUUUUAACUGGAAACCUUGAUAACCUCCCACUGCCUCCUUCAUUAGCCAUAAGAGUGUUCUUCAGUUCAACAUUUACAGAUAUGACUGAGGAAAGGAACAUGCUAAUGAACAAUGCCAUACCAGAACUAAGAAAAUAUUGUAAUGAAAAAGGAUUUGAUUUUGAAGUUGUUGACAUGCGCUGGGGUGUGAGAGAAGAUGCAUAUGCAGACCACAUGACUACAGACAUUUGCCUUAAAGAAAUAAAAAAUUGCCAGCUGACCUCUGCUGGACCAAACUUUGUUUUAUUUCUUGGUGACAAAUAUGGAACAAGGCCAUUACCUAACUCAGUGCCUGUCACAGAGUUCCGCUUGUUCCGUCGUUUGGCUUCAUGGAUGGAUUUAAAAUUCGAUGUAGUUGAAAAAUGGUAUUUACUAGAUACAAACUCUGUACCAGCAGUUUAUCAUAUUCAACCAAUCACCACACUCCUGCCUUUUUUUACAGACAUGGAUCCAAUGAAUGAGAAGAAAAGAAUAGCACACCAGCAAAGUUGGGAAACUGAUGAAAAACAAAUCAGGAAAGUUUUGCAAACAGUAGCAUCUCUAGCUCUGGAGCAAAACAAAAUUACUGAAGAGGAAUGUCAAAAAUACUUUGUCUCAGUGACUCAGAACGAGAUAGAAAAGGGCAUAUUUGCUUCUCCCAAAAUUAAAGAUAGAGUCAUCUGCUUUGUCAGAAAUUUCAAUGACAUCAACAUUGAGGACACAAUGGCUAAAAGAUUCACAGAUCUUACAGCAGAAGGAGAUAUUGAUGCUGAAGCUAAAGUACUGAGGGCCAGGCUACAGAAUGAGACCCUACCUGGGUCAGUGCCAGCCUCGCAGAGUGUGCAGUUUAACGUGUCGUGGACACCUAAGGGAAUUGAUGCAGAGCACGAAGAACACAAAUCCUACCUGACUAGACUUCGAGACUCGUUCCAGACUUUGAUGAAAGAACAGAUUGACAGCUGUGCGCAGGAAGCUCUGGAGCAGAGGAUUGAGGAUGAAGUUCUGGCUGAGGUUCUUGUCCACCUCCAGUUUUGUUUGUCUAAGUGUAAAUGUUUUUAUGGGCAAGAAGAGCUGAUUGAAACUUUGUAUACAAUGAUGCAGGCGGUCUUCAGCACAGGAAAGGGAGAAGUCCAACCGCUAGUUGGUGACAGUGAAGCAGAUGGCAGUGUUCAGAUUGAUAUUGUAAAGGAAGAAGAAGUGGCUGUUAAUGAAGAAGUGGCUGUUAAUGAAGAAGUAGAAGUUGCAGACGACACAAGUCAGGAAGAGAAUAGAAAUGUGCAGGAUUUGAACCAACCACUGAAAGAUUUAGGAAUCACUGUGGGCGUAGGGGAUGUUGAAUAUGAUACAGGCUCAGACCCUAACAGAGAUGUAAAGAAAGAGCUGACUCAUUAUGUUGCAACUGAUAGCAUAAAAUAUCCCAUUGUAAUGUAUGGCGAGUCUGGCUGUGGAAAAACCUCUCUCAUGGCACAGUUGGUUAAACAAGUAAAGACGAGAAUUCCUGAUUCUGUGGUUAUUGUACGUUUCUUAGGGACCACUGCUAAAUCUGCGAACAUCAGAGCAAUGCUUAUAAGCGUGAUACAAAAUAUUUGGGCAGCGUACAAGUUACCACGGCCUUCAGAUAUGGAUUUCCAUGCUGAUGUAAUAUUUUUAGGCCAGUAUCUUCAAGCUCUGAUCUGGCAAGUGGCCUCUUCUUCCCGACCUUUGUAUAUUUUUCUGGAUUCCUUGGACCAGCUAUCCCAGGUGGAGCAGGCUCACAGACUUGCCUGGUUGCCAACUGUGUUGCCAGUUCACUGUUCUCUGGUGCUCUCAACUCUGCCAGAGGAGAAUGGCUGUCUGGACAGUGCCAGAAGACUAUUGGCCAGGCCUGAGCUGUUCAUUCAAGUACCUUCCCUUAAAGUUGAAUCUGCCAGUUGUGUCAUCAAUGAGGUAUGCAGUCAGAACAGUCGCACGCUCACUCAAGAACAAAGGAAAUUUUUAAAAGAGAAAUUUGCACAGUGUCCCAGCCCCUUGUACCUGAAGUUAAUUUUAGAUGAAUCUCUAAGCUGGCAGUCACAUGAGCUGGUGAAAAACUUAAACAUCGCACCAGACACUCAAUCAGCAAUUCACCAGCUGAUGAUGAAGCUGGAAAAGGAAUAUGGGAAGGUGUUUGUUUCAAAAGCUUUUGGCUAUUUGACAGCCAUGAAACAAGGCGCAAGCGUGAUGGAGAUGGAGGAUAUUCUAUCACUUGAUGAUGAGAUCCUACAGGACACAUACAUCUACCACCUGCCUCCUUCCAGCCAGUUGAUCCGUCUUCCUCCCUCACUGUGGGCCCGGAUAAUGAUGGACAUCCGGGAGUACACGUCGGGGGAGGAUGUGGGUGGCAGACUGGUCUUGACCUGGUACCAUCGCUUGUUCAAGAAGGUGGCUGAAGAGAGAUACCUUCACAAAGAUAUCAGACAUUCCUUGCACAGCCUUUGUGCCCAAUACUUUCUUGGCUAUUGGCACAACCAACACAAGCCUUUAAAGCUGUUCAAGGGCAAACAUGGAUGGUACCCAGACAACCAUAGAGGGGCCCCAGAACAACCCCUGAUGUUUAGUGAUGGUGUUUACAACAUUCGCAAGCUACGGGAGCUCCCUCACCAUUUGUCUUUAGCUGGGAUGUGGAGAGAGUUCCAUAAGGAAAUCACUACCAGCAUUGACUGGCUGGUGGCAAAGGUCAAAGUGCUUGGUGUGUCAGAGUUGAAGGCUGAUCUCUUGUUCAUGCUGGAACAGAUGCUUUUGAUCAAGGAUGACUCAACGGUCAACUCAAAGGUCAACCAUAAGGGUAAUGAUGGCAUUGUGAUUGAGAAAUUACAAAAUGGAGUUGUUGCUACUGACUCUGAAACUGGAGAGAGUAAUGCAAAGAGUCCAGUGGAGAAAGAGGUUGAUCUGUUGACUUGUCUGAAGGAGUUGAAGACAUUGAUUGACAUCAUUACACUUGGUGUGGACUGUAUACGUCAUGGUGCUCAUAAUUUACCUGUACAGAUUUGCUGCCAGUUGGGAAAAACUAGAGCCAAAUCUCCUGGGCUGGUGAAGUUGGUGACUGAUGCCUUCAUGUGGAUGGAGGAGAACAAUGUACCUCUACUGGUGCCUGUGGAUGCCUGCAUGCCAGAACCUGGGGGGAUGCUGGAAACUAACUUUAAUGUGGAUGUCCACUUGUUGGGUGAGGACAGAGCCCAUGAUUUCCCUGUAACUUACUGCCGUGCAGAUCAUUACCUUUACAUCAUUCAGCAAAACAAUAGACAAAAGGACACCAUGGUGGUCCUUGACCUUUCUAAAGGAGGUGAAAAGGUCAUCUCUGAGGACUUAAAUAGAUAUGUGCAUAAAGUGCAAUGCAAUGGAACUGAAAAGUAUCUGGUAGUCUGUGUGUAUACAACUCUGAGCAAGUAUGAGCCAAAGUUUGAGUAUCUGCUGUAUGAGAGAGUCAGACUCUCACCUUUCAAAACUGAGAGAGCUGCCACUUGUAUGGAUGUCACACAGAAGGGAAACCUUGUAGCUUACUCCAAUGACAGUACAUGCUACAUCUGCACUCCAAACGAUGAAGAGCUCACCUUAAAAACACUGUUCAGCCUGCCACAUGAGGAAACAAUCUAUCACAUCAUGUUCUCUCCUGAUGGCCUGUAUUUAGUGACAUUUGGCAGUGGAGAUGCGUUUAAGGUCUGGCGGACACAGAGCGGGGAACUAGUCCUGAAGGCUGAGGAGAAGAAAUCGUCUGAUAGAUUUAGUUUUAGAACUCCUACCAAGUUUGCUCUGAUCACAUCAAAAAAUAAACUGAUACAGGUCCGGUCAGACUACAAUGAAAGAAACACCCUGGGAGUCUAUGACCUACUGACCGGAAGCCUCCUGCAGGAUCUUAAAGCUCCAGAGCUGAACUACAGCAUAAAUUUACUUGAGCUUGAUGUCAGUGAAGAGCUGGUUCUUGUGUCCACAGAAGAAGAUGUCAUCUCUAAUGGCAAUGUUUCCAAAUCAGCUGUUUUGUGGAACAUUGAAACUGGAAGUCCAAUGUCAAUGGUAGCCAGCACAUCCCCAAUUAGUGCCACAAAAAUCAUCCAAGUCGGUGGUGCCCUCUACAUCCUGGUAGCCUGUAAAAGAAAUUCUUUUAUUGGGGUCUACCUGGUGGGAAGUAGACACAAGCCAGAGCCAGUGGCUAAACUGGUACAAAAUAUUUACGGCCAUUCAAAGGACAUUUUACAGAUCAUUCUGCCAUGUGACAAGAAAACUUCUGGAGAAAAAAUCAUCUCCGUAUCUGCUGACAACUCCAUCAAAAUUUGGAACCUGAAACAGGCAAUCUCCCCUCCACCCCCGUCUAACACAGUAGACACAGGCGCUGCAGUUAACUUGAUCUAUAACAAGACUGGAGAUGAAGUGUACUUCUCCACAGAGAAAGGUUUUAUAAUGAAGUACUGUACAUCAAGUCAGCUAACACAAACCCUGGCAACUGACCUAGGACAUCCUGUUGAUGUCAUGAUCUUAACUAAAAAUGGUCAAUAUUUGGUCGCUGCUGUUAAAGGUCUCAUCCACGUCUAUAACCUAGAAACAGGUGAGAGACACCUCCAACUUCAACCCUGUGCAAAAACUGUCUCCUGUAUGGCAGAAAACAACAUGGUACUCAUUGCGGGGCAUUCUGGCAUGGAAGGGAAAGGAAGAAUUUGGGAUCUCUCCACAGGUGCUGUCAUAAGAGAUUUGACUUUCCUGUAUUCAUUUUUUAGAACAGAUGUCACUUCAGAUGGGAAAAAGGUGGGGCUUACAUUUUUUGAUUUCCCACUGGCGAUGAAUGUAGUAGAUUCAGGUGAAGGGGAGAGCAACAUAUCCAUGGACCAGAUGGACACAAUGAUGUCCGCCUGCUCCCACCUACAGUUCAGUCCUGACAACAAGAUGCUCAUCUCCGCUAGUGGGGACGCCAGAGUUCGGGUGGUAGAUACUGAAUCAGGCCGCUACCUUCAUACCAUGAUUCAGAGGUCGUCAAUAACAGCCAUGUUGGUGACAUCAGAUAGCCGCCAACUCCUGACAGCAGGAUACAGGUCUGUGUACUUAUGGAAUCUCGGCCCUGACCACUCACCUGAGCACCGUGGUCAGCUAGUGGUCAAGCUGACCCAUCACCGGAACUUCAUCACCUGCAUGCAGCUUGCGCAGGAUGAAAAAUACCUCGUGACAGCCUCGUUGGAUAAAACUAUAUCUGUGUGCAGCAUGAACACUCGCAGCUCCAUAUGCACCUUCCGCUACCAUUGUUCUAUUGAUGUGAUGCAAGUGGCCCCCGACCUUUCAACCUUAGCCUUCAUACCCGAGAGGUCAGCCAACAUUGCCGUCCUCGUCCUGAACAAGGCGGGUCAAGUAGCGCUUCAUGGAACAUCCUCUACCAGCAUCCCUGAUGCCGUGCAGAAAGCUCAAGCGCUGGCCUUGUCUUUCUCCAGCCAGCAGGUAGCACAAAGGACAACAGCAGCUUGCAAUGUGCUAUAGCACUAAGGACAUUAGCAGGUUGCAGUGUACUAUAGUACUAAGAACAACAGCAGCUUGCAGUGUAUCAUAGGCACACUGACAGUUGAAACAUUAUUAUAUGAUUGAAAAAAUUGUUUUUUUAAGGUUUUGAUUAUCUGUGAUACUUAUGGCUAAAAGAUGCCACUGUGAUACUUAAGUGGUUAAACUGUGAUACUACUGAGAUGAGUGAAGUGUGAUAUAAUUGUUAUGCCUCUAAGUCUUGUGUCCAAAUACUUUUAAUAGAAUCUCUUGCACUAAAGCUAAUAUUAUAUAAAUGUGAUCAAUGUAGUUUUCACUUAUAUGGAUAAAUUGCAAUGCAUUCUCAUACUUCUGUUUUAUGUUCAAAAUUUAUGUACUGAAUUAAGCUUGUUUUGAUACCCUUUUUACUGUGGAUAUUUAUUAAUUAUUUUGAAGUUAUUAAAUUAAAUUGUUGUACCAGAUAAAUGGAUAAACACUUUGUUAAAAAAUCAUUUCUGGCAAAAAUACUCAAAUUUUGACUCUACUUCUUUCUAGUUUUACGCCUGAAAAAAAAAUUGAGCAAAAAGUAACAAACAUUAUCCCCAUAUAUACUAGUGUCCCGAUCAAAAAUAUCUUACGAUUGACAACUUGUUGCAAGGCCUAUUGUCUGGUGUCAAGCCUUUGACAUUAUGUCCAUGUUACAUAUUGACCAAUCAUAUUAUGAUAAUACAUUUUUGCCAUUUAUGAUAUUUUGUUAAUACCCCAGUUUUCUCAACAAACCAUCAUCUGUAAUAAAUACCAAAUUCAUAAUGAUAACUAAUAAAGCAUUUCCGAUCUUAUUCUACUUAAGAUAAACAGGUGAUAUAGAUAAACAACUGGACAAUAUUGUAAUACAGAAUAUUUUCUUUUAUUCAUUCUUGCACCUUACAUAAAACAUUA